GGAGGCUCGGGCCCGCCGCCGCCGCCGCCUUCCGCUGGGAUCUGUUCCCAGGCCCAGGGACGCCGCCCCCACCCGGUUGCCUAGGCGACGAGGGGCCGCUUCUCCCGGCCGAGAUUGCGGCGAUGUCGCAGGGGACUACUCCCUGGGGGUCGACCCCGGCAGGGUCGACCCCAGCGGGAACCACACCCGAAUCGGAGAGAGACACUGAAUUCCAGGAGCAUGAACAGAUUCUGUCUCCGGAUUUUCUGUCAGUUGCCCAAAUCAAUGAUUUGUUAACCGAGGACAUCGAUGGAGUUCAAGAAAAACUCAGAAUCUUUUUGAAUUUCAAAAACCUUGAAACUUGUUUAAAGGAUGCCAUUCUACUAGAUUAUUAUGUAUCUGGAUUUUUGUGGGCUAGAAGAAUGGAUUUUUCUGUUAUUCAGUAUUCAAAAUUUAUGACUUUGUUAGCCAUGUUACUUCAGAAUCUUAAAACACUACAUAUGUCCUUAGAGGACAGCAUAAAAUGGCUUGGAGAAGUUAUGGCUGAAAUAGGACCAAAUCGUUCACAAAAAAAUGACGAAUGGGGUAUCUUUGAUGUAAAACAAGCCAAUGCUAUCAUUGAUUACAUAAAAAUCAGCUUAUUUCAACACUACAAGCUCUAUGAGUUUAUGUUCUACUCUGCCAGGGAAGAAAUUGUGAUAGGAACUGAGAGAUGGGGUCUCAUUCUGUUGUUCAGGCUGGAAAGCAGUGGUGUGAUCAUAGCUCACUGCAGCUUUGAACUCCUGGGCUCAAGUAAUCCUUCCACCCAGCCUCCCAUGUAGCUGGGACUAUGGACACACAACAUCAUACCCUGCUAAUUCUUUAUUUUAUUUUAUUUUUUUAUUGAGAUGGGGGGGUCUCACUUUUUACCCAAGCUGAUCCUGAAGUCCUGGCUUCAAGUGAUUCUUUGGCUUCAGCCUAAGUUUAUUUGAUAAAAUAGGAAAAGGCAAACAAGGCAGCAAAAACAUGAGCAAAGAAUACCAAUAAAAAGCUACCCAACCUUAAUAGUUAUCAAGGACCUGCAAAGAAAAUAUAUUUCUUAAAUAUAAGAUUGGCUAAUAGUAAAAGAUAGAUUAAUGCCUUGUUAAUGAGGAUGCAAGAAAACUUAGCUGUAUUUCGUUGGUGUGAGGUUAAAUUUGUAAAGCCACUGUGGAGAGCAGAUUGGCAAAAUCUAUAAAGUGUUUGUGAAUGUGAAUAUCUUUCUUCCCAAAAUUCAAAGUAUCUUCUCUGUAGACAUAUGUACUCAUAUUACAUAAAGCUAUUUGUACCUGAAUAUUCAUCAAAGCAUGGUUUAUUAUAGCUAAAAAUUGCAGAAGGUAAAUCAGAAGGGAAAUACUUUAUUUAAAUGAAGUGCUCAAUAAAUACUUCAUGUGUACAUUCAUUUAAAUAAAAUGAAGUAUAGUUACACUAUAAAAAACUAUCAAGUCUUUAGAAUGAAUGUAGUAGAUUCCUAUGUAUGGUUAUGUUAAUAUCUCUAAAAUAUAUUCUUAAUUUAAAAAGUGUAGGAGUAGAACAAUAUGAAUAGUGUUCCCAUUUAUUUUUAAAAGCAAAUAAACCUGAAAAUAUAUGGAUGUGUAUAUGCAUGUAAGUGAUUGUAUAAAAACCAAAAGAAUUUAUAUUAACCAUUAAUGUGGCUUACCUUUUGGUAGUUGGGUAGAAAUAGGAAUGGAAUAGGAUGUGGAACGGAACAUUUCAUUUUGUAUAUCUCAGAUGUAAUGUGUUUUACAAUGUGAAUGUCUUCAAAUAUUAUUUGUACAAUAAUAAAAUUGUUCCCUAGUUUAUUCCCGAGAAAUAUAAUACUAAGGCACAUUUUGUAAAUUAAGUUCAGGCAUAUAAACAAGCUUAUAUACUAACAUAUUGAUAGACAGAGCAACUUCAUCUGGGUUUUUACAAGAUGAAAGACUGCACAGGAAAAAAUAGGUGAAUUCUCAAUCCAUAAAAUUAAGUACUUUGAAAGUGUGUUGCUACCAUAUUUAAAUUUUCAAUGUAAACGAGGUUUAGCUAAAAAGUCAUUUACAGAGUAAAAAUCUGGUGUUGUGCUAUAACAUCGCAAAUUUUCCCAAAUU